AUGAGUGGAUGUCCGUACUUUGAGAAGAAGCAUUUGUUAUAUAAAAAUAAACCUCCGAAAACUGAAGAAGAUGAGGAUGACUCCCAGGCAGGGGUCAACAAAGCCAGUAGAGGAGGAAUUAUCUAUGGAGACUACCUCCAGCUCGACAAAAUACUCACGGCUCAGGUUCUCCAAAGCGAACUAAAAGCCAAUAAGAUCCAUGAUGAGCACCUCUUCAUUGUCACCCAUCAAGCCUAUGAACUGUGGUUCAAACAGAUUUUGUUUGAACUGGACUCUGUGCGAGAUAUCUUCAUCAGCGGUCAUGUCCGAGAUGAACGUAAUAUGCUCAAAGUCAACACUCGCAUCCACAGGGUUGUGAUGAUCUUCAGACUGUUGGUUGACCAGUUUGCAGUUUUGGAAACAAUGACAGCCUUGGACUUUUUUGACUUUAGGGAAUACCUGUCUCCGGCCUCUGGCUUCCAAAGCCUCCAGUUUCGGCUCUUGGAGAACAAAAUUGGAGUUCCAGACAACCUGAGGGUUCCAUACAACAGACGCCAUUACAGGGACAACUUUAAAGGUCAUGACAGUGAGAUGCUGCUCUCCACUGAGCAGGAACCAACACUUUUAAAGUUAGUUGAGGAGUGGCUGGAGAGAACUCCUGGAUUGGAGGUGGAUGGCUUCAAUUUCUGGCAAAGGCUGGAAAUCAAUAUAUUUGAUGGGUUAAAUCAGGAGAAGGAGAAAAUUGAGAAAAUGCCUGAUUCUGAAGAGAAAGAGGAACUGAUGGCAGAGAUGGUCAAACAGAGGGAGCUUUUCACAUCUCUGUUUGAUGAAAAGCGCCACGAUCACCUUGUCAGCAAGGGUGAGAGGAGACUCUCUUACAAGGCUCUGCAAGGUGCUCUGAUGAUAUACUUCUACAGGGAAGAGCCAAGGUUCCAGGUUCCCUUCCAGCUGCUCACAUCCCUCAUGGAUAUCGACACCCUCAUGACGAAAUGGAGAUACAAUCAUGUGUGCAUGGUUCACCGGAUGAUUGGCAGCAAAGCUGGCACAGGGGGGUCGUCUGGCUACCAGUAUCUUAGAUCAACUGUCAGUGACCGAUACAAAGUUUUUGUGGAUCUUUUCAACCUGGCAACAUUCCUGGUGCCUCGCCACUGGGUACCCAAGCUGAAUCCCAACAUUCACACUUUUUUGUACACGGCUGAGUGCUGCGACAGCUCCUACUGCAGCAGUGACGACUCGGAUUAGAGUGCAUCUCACUCGUCUGUCCAGGCUUUUUCACUUAAACAGAUCUCCCAGCAGCGGAUUAUUUACAGUUCAAUAAGAGGUGAAAAGCAGGUCAAAGAAAUGCAUUUUGUUGAUGUUUAUGAGAAACAAUGCAUGGCAUCUUGUCAGUGUACCUUUAAAGAACUCUGAAAUAUGAAGUGUAUGUGUUUUCAUGAAUGGAGACAGUUCAACAUAUAGCCAGUUUUAUCAAAAACUAUAUAUUAUUAAGAAGGAUUUAAAAUCUAGGUGAGAUGAAAUUCGAGGUCAUGUGGUAUUUUAAUUUGACAUUAGGUGAAUUGGAUGUUGGAGUGAAGAAUAACGCAGACGGGUUGAUUUGAAGGCGUGAUGUCUUUACAUGGCAUCACACAUAAAUGCACAAAAACAGUAAACGUAACAAAGUAACUACGUUUGUACAUAUUAAUGUUUAGCAAACAAGAGAAAAUCAAGAUAAAUUAUGCUGCAGGCUUAUGACGCAAUGUCUGACAGAUAAUAAA